AAAAUGAUGUAUCAGACUUCCUGACUUCCCCAGACAACUCUUUCACAUGUGGGUUCUAUGGUGUAGGCACCAAUGCCUACUGGUUCUCCAUCUGGUUCACCCACUCCAGGAACAGAACCGUAAUUUGGAUGGCCAACAGAAACCGACCCGUCAAUGGCUUGGGCUCCAGAACCUCACUGACCCGAGAUGGCUCAAUGGUCUUGACAGAUGUGGAUGGCAUGCAAGUCUGGUCUCCCAACCUCAACUCUAGUUCUGCCAACCUUGCUGAAAGGGCUGAGCUAUUGAAUUCUGGCAACCUUGUUUUGAGGGGCCCACAAGGUGAAAUUCUAUGGCAAAGCUUUGAUUUUCCUACCAAUACUCUUCUCCCUAACCAACUAUUUACCAAGGGCAUGAAGUUGGUCUCUAAUAUGUUAGGGAGAGGUAACUUUGGUAGUGGAUAUUAUAGUUUCUAUUUUGAUAAUGACAAUGUGUUGAGGCUCAUGUACGAUGGUCCUGACAUUUCAAGUCUUUAUUGGCCAAAUCCUGGUUAUAGUGUGUUUGACAAUGGUAGAACAAACUAUAACAGUAGCAGAAUUGCUGUUUUUGAUGAUUUGGGUCGUUUUUUGUCCAGUGAUCUAUGGCGGUUUCGUGCAAGUGACAUGGGUUUGGGGCCGAAAAGGCGGUUGACUAUAGAUUAUGAUGGGAAUUUGAGACUUUAUAGUCUCAAUUCAACAGGGUUUUGGGUGGUGACUUGGGAAGCUCUCAUUCAGAGGUGUAGGGUUCACGGGAUUUGUGGGAGAAAUGGGAUUUGUGUUUAUACACCAGAGCCCAAAUGUUCAUGCCCUCCUGGCUAUGAGGUGUUGGAUAAAACUAACUGGAACAAAGGUUGCAUCCCUAAGUUCAACCUUACAUGCUCAGAGCCAGUGAAAUUCCUUAAGAUUCCAAAUGUGGACUUUUUUGGAUUUGAUCUCAAAUUCAUGGAGUCCAUUACCUUUAGCGCUUGCAGAAAACUCUGCGUAGAUGAUUGCCGGUGUCAAGCAUUUCGUUACAAGCUAGCAGAAAAAUCUACGACGACUCUGUGUUACACUAAAAAUGCUCUUUUCAAUGGGCACAAGUCUCCGUUUUACCCGGGCAGCAUAUACUUCAAACUACCUCUUAAUGUGGAUACAUCACUACCUGCCAAGCUCAGUGUGACUGGUUCAUGCAUGAACAAUGAGACCAUGGCUGUGGUAGUAGGUUCUGCUUCAAUGUAUGACAAGAAAACUAAAAGGAUGAGAUGGGUGUAUCUGUAUUCUUUUGCUUCUGCAGUUGGUGUAGUUGAAUUUUUUUUCAUAGUAUCAGGUUGGUACUUACUUUUCCGAAGACGUGGCGCUGUAGCUCCCACCUUGCAAGAUGACUUUCGUCGGAUUUCAAGUCAUUUCAGAAUGUAUCUCUCUUCUGAGCUCAAGAAAGCAACUCAAAACUUCAAGGAAGAGUUGGGAAGAGGGUCUUCUGGGGUUGUGUAUAAGGGUGUUCUAGAAGACCAAAGAGUUGUAGCUGUCAAGAAAUUGGGAGAUAUUUAUCAUGCAGAAGAUGUGUUUUGGGCAGAAGUAACCACAAUCGGAAAAAUCCAUCACAUGAAUCUAGUGAGAACAUGGGGAUUCUGUUCAGAAAAUAAACAUAGGCUCCUGAUCACUGAGUACAUCGAAAAUGGAUCGUUGGACAAGCAUUUGUUCUCUCCAGGUUUUCUUGCAUGGAAAGAAAGGUUUAAAGUUGCAAUGGGGAUAGCUAAAGGUUUAGCCUAUCUUCACCAUGAGUGUCUAGAGUGGGUUAUACAUUGUGAUGUGAAGCCUGAAAAUGUACUCCUAGACAGUGAUUUUGAGCCAAAGAUUGCGGAUUUUGGGCUUGCAAAGUUAUCUCAAAGAGGCAGCCGCGGUUCACAGUUCUCUCAAAUGAGAGGAACAAAGGGGUACAUGGCUCCAGAGUGGGCUUCUAACCUUCCAAUCACUGCAAAAGUUGAUGUGUACAGUUAUGGAGUGGUGAUUCUAGAGAUAGUGAAGGGCAUUCGGCUUUCAAAUUGGGUGACGGAAGAUGAUGAGGAGAUAGAAACAGAGAUGACAAGGUUUAUCAGAGUAGCGAAACAUAGAAUUCAAAGUGGAGAAGAGUCAUGGAUAGAGGAUAUGUUGGAUCCAAGAUUGGAUGGUGAAUACAGCAGGAACCAAGCAGCAAAGAUGAUUAAGAUUGGUAUUUCCUGCGUGGAGGAAGAUCGGUCUAAAAGACCAACAAUGGAUGCAAUAGUACAAAUGUUGCUAGAAUGUUAAAGGUGAAUCUUUAUAUUCAUUCACCAAAAAUAAAGGAGCAAUUAAGCUGUACGUAGUCUGUAGAUGU